GAAGAGAAAUAAAAACAGUAACAUUCCAAAAACCCUACUACAGUGGGAGAGGCAAUGUUCCCGUACCUUGUCAACCCCUUGGAUGAAUGAAAACUGGACUAUGCUCCAUAGGGUUGGCAUCGUAUUGAAGUAAAGCGAUGUCUAAUGAAAUGAGGGGCGAGGAAUACGGUGUAUUACUCUACUACAAUUACACCACCAUCCCUGACCUCAAUUCUCUCUUCAACUUCUACCAAUCCAACUGCAGCUUUCUCAAUCUCCUCGGUCGUGUCCGCCUCGCUUCCCACGGUGUCAACGUCACUGUUGGUGGAAAGUUAUCUUCUUUGGAGAGCCAUAUUGCUGCUGUCAAGUCUUUAUCUUUGUUUCAAGGAACUGACUUCAAGCUUGCUACAUCUCAUUACCCUCUUGAUGAUAAGGUUGCUCAUGAAUGUGGCUUCACUUCUUUUUCUAUUAGGAUUGUCAAGGAAUUAGUUACUUUUAGUUCUCAUCCUUUAUUGAACCCACCGGAUGUUUCUAAUGCUGGCAGGCAUUUGUCUGCCGUUGAGUUUCAUUCUCUUCUUCAGUCUGCAGUGCAAGGGUUGAAUGAAGAAAGUUCAACCGAGAGUAAGAGUCUGGUUUUGCUGGAUGCAAGAAAUUUAUAUGAGACUAGAAUUGGGAAGUUUCAUUCACCAAGUGUUGAAACAUUGGACCCUGAAAUCAGGCAGUAUAGUGAUCUGCCCUCCUGGAUAGAUAGCAAUGCAGAAAAACUGAGAGGGAAAAAUGUUCUCAUGUACUGCACUGGAGGAAUCAGAUGUGAGGUCGCAUCUGCCUAUGUAAGGUCCAAAGGUGUUGGCUUUGAGAAUGUUUUCCAGUUAUAUGGUGGAAUACAGCGUUAUUUGGAAGAAUUUCCAGAUGGAGGUUUCUUCAAAGGAAAAAAUUUUGUUUUUGAUCACAGAAUUUCUGUUGGGAACUCAGAUGCCGAUAUUAUUGGUAACUGCCUUCUUUGUGAUUCUUCCUUUGAUGAUUACUCAUCACGCUGCCGCUGCACUUACUGUAGGAUGCUUGUAUUGGUCUGUGAUAGUUGCCGGAAACAAGGAGGCCUUUAUGUUUGCGAGCUAUGCCAGAAACAUGGUAAGGUUGUUGAUUCAAAACCAUCCAUAGAAGAGAGCAGAAGCAAAUUAACAUCACUGUCAUUUGAGCUCAAAACUGCUUCAACAGGGCUGCUGUCCUCACCUCAAUUGCCCUGCAGACAUGUUGGCAUUGGGUGUCCAAGAAAACUAAGAAUCUUAUGUCUGCAUGGGUUUCGGCAGAAUGCCUCCAGUUUUAAAGGAAGAACUGCAUCAUUAGCUAAGAAGCUUAAAAACAUUGCUGAACUUGUUUUUGUUGAUGCACCCCAUGAGUUGCCAUUUAUCUACCAGCCCUGUGGCAUGACAUCUCCAACACAAGAUUGUCCUACUCCACCACCAGAGGGUAGCAAGAAGAAGUUUGCAUGGCUGGUAGAACCUAAUUUCCUAGAGGGGUGUGAAUUUGACUGGAAAAUGGCAGAUGGUCCUUUCGAUCCUCUCCAAUACCAGCUGCAAACUGAUGGCUUUGAUGUGUCAUUAUCAUAUUUAAAGAAAGUGUUCUCUCAGGAAGGGCCAUUUGAUGGGAUCUUGGGUUUUUCACAAGGAGCAGCAAUGGCUGCUACAGUUUGUGCACAAUGGGAAAGGCUAAAGGGUGAAAUAGACUUCAGAUUUGUGAUUUUGUGCUCUGGUUUUGCCCUUCAGUCUGCAAAGUUUGAACAUGAACCAAUCAAUUGCCCUUCCCUUCAUAUAUAUGGUAGUGACCUGGGUAAGGACAGACAGAUUGUGAACCAAGCCAGCAGAGACCUUGCUUUGAAAUUUGAACAGGGUUGCUCUUUGAUUAUUGAACAUGACUGUGGCCAUAUCAUUCCUACUUGUUCUCCUUAUAUAGAUGAGAUUAAGGGUUUUCUUCAACGUUUUCUCUGAUGAAAUUGUAAAAUCGUGAGACUUAUGUUGGAUACUGCAAGAUUUUUUGAUCCAUGCUUGCAUCUUCAAGAGCUUAUCAUUUUACUAGUAGUAGGAUUUAUAUGAAGUUCCAUGUUUGUAUCAGUGAUGUGUCGAAGUAUUUAACAUAGUGAUGGAUUUUUAUUUGGGGUAA